UUAAUUGAGUGAUUCGAUUACCUGUGUUUGUUCGUUUUGACGUAUCUCGAAAUGCCUAACGCCAUUGGGAUCGAUCUUGGUACAACAUAUUCGUGUGUUGGUGUUUUCCAGCAUGGCAAAGUGGAGAUAAUUGCCAAUGAUCAGGGUAACAGAACGACACCGAGUUAUGUGGCGUUCACAGAUGCUGAGCGUUUAAUUGGUGAUGGAGCGAAGAACCAAGUGGCUAUUAAUCCAACAAAUACAGUGUUUGAUGCGAAGCGGCUAAUCGGUCGUCGUUUCGAUGAUCCAUCAGUUCAGAGUGAUAUGAAGCAUUGGCCAUUUGAGGUGGUUCAAGUCGGUGGUAAGCUGAAGAUUCGUGUUGAGUAUAAGGGUGAGAAAAAGUUGUUCUCCGCGGAGGAGAUUUCGUCGAUGGUGUUGACGAAAAUGAAGGAGGUUGCUGAAAGUUAUUUGGGCAGGACAGUAAGUGACGCGGUUAUAACAGUUCCUGCUUACUUCAAUGACAGUCAACGUCAAGCAACGAAAGAUGCAGGUGCUAUAGCUGGUCUUAAUGUGUUGAGAAUCAUUAAUGAGCCGACAGCUGCGGCAAUUGCCUAUGGUUUAGACAAGAAGGUUGGUGGUGAGCGUAAUGUGUUGAUAUUUGAUUUGGGUGGUGGUACAUUUGAUGUGUCCAUCUUGACAAUUGAGGAUGGUAUAUUCGAGGUGAAGUCUACUGCUGGUGAUACACACUUGGGAGGUGAAGAUUUUGACAAUCGUCUGGUGGAUCACUUUGUGAAAGAGUUCCAGAAGAAAUUUAGUAAAGACAUUCGUGACAAUAAGCGUGCAUUGCGUCGCCUGAGAACAGCAUGUGAACGUGCGAAACGUACAUUGAGUUCGAGCACCCAAACGAAUCUGGAGAUUGACUCGUUGUGUGAUGGUAUUGAUUUUUACACGUCGAUUACUCGUGCACGAUUUGAGGAGUUGAAUGCCGAUCUAUUCCGUGGUACAUUGGGUCCUGUUGAGAAGGCUUUGCGAGAUGCUAAGAUGGAUAAGGCCCAGAUUCACGAAAUAGUGUUGGUUGGUGGUUCCACUCGUAUCCCUAAGGUGCAGAAGCUGUUGCAGGACUUCUUCAACGGGAAGGAGUUGAAUAAAUCUAUUAAUCCGGAUGAAGCUGUGGCUUAUGGUGCAGCUGUGCAGGCAGCUAUUCUAAGUGGUGACAAGUGUGAGGCUGUGCAGGACUUGCUGUUGCUUGACGUGGCUCCAUUGUCACUGGGUCUUGAAACGGCUGGUGGUGUAAUGACGGCUCUGAUUAAGCGUAAUACGACAAUUCCGACGAAGCAGACUCAAACGUUCACGACGUACUCGGACAACCAGCCUGGUGUGCUUAUCCAGGUGUUUGAGGGUGAGCGUGCUCUGACGAAGGACAACAAUCUGCUUGGCAAGUUCGAACUCUCAGGUAUCCCACCUGCUCCUCGUGGUACUCCCCAGAUUGAGGUGACGUUUGAUAUAGACGCGAACGGUAUUCUGAACGUAUCUGCUGUUGACAAGGGUACAGGGAAGCAGAACAAGAUAACGAUUACAAAUGACAAGGGUCGUUUGACGAAGGAGGAGAUUGAACGAAUGGUAGCCGAUGCGGACAAGUACAAGGCUGAGGAUGAGAAGCAGAGAGAUCGUGUUUCUGCGAAGAACUCGCUUGAGAGUUAUGUGUACACAAUGAAACAGCAAGUGGAGGGUGAGCUUAAAGAAAAGAUAUCUGAAAGUGAUCGUCAAGUGAUAUUAAGUAAGUGUGAGGAUACAAUUGGUUGGUUGGACGUUAAUCAAUUGGCGGAGAAGCAUGAGUAUGAAAGUAAGCGGGAGGAGUUGGAGAAGGUCUGUGCGCCGAUAAUUACGAAGGUGUACCAGGCUGGUGGUAUGCCAGGAGGCAUGCAUGAAACAGGUGGUGCUGGUGGUGGAAGUGGUAAGGGACCAACGAUUGAGGAGGUCGACUAACCUGUAAUUGUUGUGAUUAAUUAUUUGGUACUUGAAUGAAUUUAGAUUUUAUCUGUAAUGAAUUUUGUCUUUUGAUUUUUAUUAGUUAUUGGUUGUUUGAUACAGGGUCAGGGUUUCGUUACUGGCGAGUAGUGAAUAUCGUUGUCUAAUGUCUGGUCGCUCAGUGUAGGAUAGUGAUCGCUCUCUAUCUCUUCCUGCCCUCUAUGUUACGGAAGGCUUGUUAAGUUGAGUGUUGCGAAUCCGUAUGUGUGCAACGUGGCGUUUGCACCUCAGGACUAUUGGUUGCGAUUUAGGUGGCAUGUCGUCUGUUCCUAGUUUAUUAGACCGGCGUAGUUGUGGAGCGUUGUUGCGUACGCGUCGAGAAGACCGAGUGAGUGGUUUGUGUGACUAGAUGUUCCGAUGGGGAUUUUGGUGUAGUUGGUGAGUGGAGUGAUAAAGUUAUUUUCGUCGAGUGUUGUUGAAGACAGGCGACUCGUACUUUUGGUCUGUAAGUGCAUUUGCUCGAGAACUUGACUAACGGCCCAGUUAAGUGAGAUGAUUUCUUGUGAGAUGGUAAGUGUUUAGUUGAUUAGUAUGAACGGUCUCCAAUUACUAGUUAGUUAUUUACUGCCUUGCUCAACAACAGACGAGUUGUAAAAUAAGUAGGGAUAACAACGCACGUGUUUCGCAUAGUAUUCUACAUUGGGAUAUGUAGGUUGGUGAAAUGUAAUCAGCGUUUACUUAAUUGUUGGAAGUGCCUAUGUUUCAUGGAGUCAAUUGACUGCAGUGCGUCGAAGAACGGAUGGUCGAUCAGUUGGGCAAUCGUAUGUAUGGAAGUGAAUUUAUUAUAAGCUAUGUCCAGUCAUCGAAGUUAUAAACCUUUUACUUUGUAAUUGGUAGGUAUGUGUUCAGACUUGUAGGUGGUGAUUAGACUGGUUGUAUUUGAAUUUCGUAAAACGAGGUGUGGGGUUGUUUGGAGAUGCGUAUAUGUAGCUGAAGUAGAAGUGGCAUUCGUGUACGCAACAACUGGAAGGGGUAAGAUGGUACAUGUGUAUAGAUGAGGAUGUUUGUAAGCUAGCAUAUUGGGCUGGCAUUUUUAUGCUGAUUUCAAUUCAGUCAACUAGUGCAAGAUGUGAAUGGUGCAGUCUCAUGUCUCAUUGACGCAACUAGGUGAGUUUCCAGUGAGUCAACGAAGCUUCCUGUGGGCAAGGCCAGACUUUCAGGAUGAGAUGAAUUCGUGUUUUUAAUUGAGCGCUUCCUGUGAACUAGAAUCAGCCUGGAAUUACAACAUUUAGUAUUAGAGAAUUCCACGUCGUGGAUUAUUUGCCGACUCUGGGACUGGUUGGAAAAAGCGGAGAGGUGGUCAGUGUAUGACAUGGUGUCGUGGUAUGAAAGAAAGCUGCAAAGGGCUGGCUUGUGUUAGUCCUUCACGACUCCCUGGUUGGGGUCCGAGAGAUGGUGCAACACAGUGGCUAGAGACGUUAUCAGAUAUGGCUCAGAAUAGAAGCCAGUGGCGAUCCUGCUGUAACCUUCUUUUACUUUCUUUGUAAAAAGUGGUUGUAUCUUCCUAAACUGAAAGAUUUCUUCUGAUUGUACCUUUCCGUUCCCCCAUUAUCACUAUUACUAUUAUUAUUGUUAUUAUUACUAUACUACCUUACACCAAUCUCUUCGUUAUUAUUCUCUUGUUUUUUACGCUCCCUACCGUUUUUCCCUUCUCUUUAAACUCUCAAUGUUUUGUGUGGCGAAUAUAUAUUUGGCGCACUCUUGUACCAAUAUUAUGUGUUCAAAUAAAUAAAUAAGCCACC